UAACUUCGGUUGCAGCAAUGACUUCCAUCGAUGAAAAUGAGAUUUAUAUGGUAAAGCAGGCGGAAAGCGUGCGCAAAAGCGAUCCCAGUUCGGCCAAGGCAUGGAUCCUCACCGCCAAGACGCUCUAUCCAAAUGCCUUCAACGUGCAAUACGAGGCCUACCUGCUGGAGCGCGAUGCCAAGAACUACGAGGAGGCAGCCAAAUGUUUCAGUGUCAUCGCCAGCAACUUUACCAAUCAACACGCGGAGCUUUGGCAGGAGGUGAAUGCUCUGACAAAUGCGCUGCGCAAUGAGACCGAAAGCACGCCGGAGCAGGAGUUCUAUGUGAAGAUGUACAAGCAUUUGACGCCUGAGGUGCAGCACAGCAUAUUUGUGCACACGAUCAACAACAGCGGCGAUAAUCUGCAGCAAUGCAUUCACAGCUACAUCCUCAUGUUCAACAAGUUCCCCAAAACAGCGGCAACGCAAGCACCCCGUUUGCUGGAAAUGCUGGCGGAAGGCAUGAAAGCGGAUCCAGAUCUAUAUCAGCGCAUGCUGGUCGAGGAGGUGCUGCCCAUGAUACAGAAUAAGCCGCCAGAGCUAUCGCCGCUGCUGGCAUGUCGAUUAUACACAAACUCCCUGGAAUAUUAUCUGCGCCAGAUCAUGGACGAUGAUAAGUGCGAUACAACCGAGGCGUGGAAGAACAUAUUCAAGGUGUUGAUGCUCUGUGGCCAGAUGAUGGGAUGGGAGCCCUUUCUGCCCUUCAGCAAGUACGUCAAUCAGAACGUCUACUGGGAUAAGUUGGUCAAGAUUCUGCGUGGGAGUCCAGCUGGCAGCUCCCAGGUGCUAUUCUAUGCUACAACACUGUUUAUCUACUCCCUGCACGGCUAUAUACGCAAACUGCGCAUCGAGGAUGCCGAUGUCAGUCAUGUGCUGGUUGAGGGCUUCAUCGACUGGUCGCCGGAGGGUGGCGAGGUGCAGAGCAUGGAUUGGACAUCGGAUGGCGGCGAAGUGCAAAGCAUGGAACCGCCUAAGUUCUCUGCAACGACGGCCAUUAGUCAGGAGCUAUCCGAGGCAUUUCUCCAUGCCGCUCGCUGCUGGCAGCUGCUCAAUACGGAACAGUUCCAGCGUGAUUUUAGUCAACUGAUGCUGGCACUGCCGCUGGCUCCUUGGAUCUCCCGCUUCCUCUUCGAUCUGGCCAUUUACUUUGGACACCGCGACGAGGCCAACAAACUGAUGGCAGACAUGACAGCUCAGAGCACCCUGGUGCAGAGCCUGCAAAUCCUUAGCCUCAAUCUAAUGCAGGGUAGCAUGACGCUUCAGGGCUUUCAGUGCAUUCUGAAGAUACUCGCUGAGCUGCCGGCCACCAGUGGUCAGUUGCUGGAUAACAUUAGCCUGAAGAGUCAUCGGCACAUGAUCUUCUUGCCACUGACCAAAAUUGCCCUCAUCCAGUAUUGCACACGUGCCAUCACCAGUCGCCUCAGCCGAAUGCUCUUCGAACCGAAUUGCUCGGAUCGCCUGUUGGGCGAUCUGCUUGCCCUGCUGCAAUUGAACUCCGACAAGGAUAUGCUGCUCAAGCAGCACAUCUUCAACUUGAUCACACAACGCAAAUCUUUCAAUUUGCACAUUUUAUCCAACUACAUUAUUGCCACGGAUAUCAUUGAGGAGCUGGCCUUUAUCUGGAACUCUCAGCAGCAGGAUGAUGCCAAUUUUGAGCUGACUGGCUCGCCAACCAAUGGCGGUGGCGUCGGUGGUGCUAGCGGCACUAAUGGUACCGCUGGCACAACCCAACCACGUCGCAUUGGCACCCGGGGCGCCGACAAAGGGGCACGCGACGAGUUCAAAUCGCUGAUUCGUCAGCAAAUUGCGCGCUGCAAUGAAAAUGUGCCCACGCUGGUCGCCAAUUUCAUCAGCCAGGAGCAUCUGACGCUGGCGCAGCACAUCUUUGGCAUUGCGCCGCCAGUGGAAACAAUUGUCAUCAAGUGAUCGAUGGCCAUUCAGAAUCGACAAACAUAAUGUGGCUCAAAGUUUCUCAACUCCUGAAGCAUAUUUAAAUAUAGUAAUAUUAUUUAUAAAAUACAAUAUUUUAUGUAUAUAGAAAAGCUAAUUGAACUCUUCAGUUUCUGAAGCGCAUCUAAAAUUAUAUAUUACAGCAUGUUAAGU